AUGUGGCAUCAGUACCAGAUGAACAUGCCACAUCGGGCUGGAGCUAGACCAGAGGGUAUUCCACCCCCACCUCCGCCGGGACCACCAGGGCAUCUAGCCCCUGUUGUGGUGGACUACCUGCCCUUGAUACGGGACCUUCGGAUGAUGGGGACACCGAGGUUUGAGGGUACUCAGAGACCUGAGAUUGCGGAGGAUUGGCUGAUCCGCAUCUCCAGGGAUCUGGAUUAUGUCAGAUGCCCGCUGCUGUACCGGGCAGAGAUCGCGAGCCACCAUCUGUAUGGAGAAGCACUUCAUUGGUGGGAGGAAGUGGUUCGUGAGGCUGCACCCGGAUAUCAGUUCACUUGGGAGGAGUUCCGGGCACGUUUUGAAGACAAGUAUUGUCUGAAGGGAGAUCAGGACCACCGUAUUGUGGAGUUCCUCCAUCUGGAGCAGGGUGAUCGCACUUUAGCUGCGAGGAUAGAGAUCCAGGAGUAUCCUACGCUGAGUAGGUAUAUUGCGCAGCUGACAAAGCUGGAGAGGACAGAGUAUGAGGAGCAGCAAGAGUGCACUGGAGACGUAGCUGCUUCCAGUCAGCAGGGAGUCAGACCUCCACGCCCUCAGCCACCACGUAGAGGAGGAGUAGCACCACGGGUAUAUGCACUUGUUGCGGAGAAAGAAGUCCUGGGUGACGAGGCUUACUUUGCUCAGGAGACAUUCACCAUUGAUGCCGUCGUCGAGGGUGACCCCGAGCAGUUAGACGCUGCUACCAUCACAGGUAUCAUAGAUCUUCAUGGUACUACAUGCCACGUUUUGUUUGAUACGGGAGCUACACAUAGCUUCCUAAGUUUGAGUACAGCGAAGGGCUUGGAUGUGAUGGAUAUGGAUACAGCUGAGAGAUAUAAAGUGCAUACCCCUUCAGGAGAGAUCCUGUCAGUGACCGGGGUGUUACGCGGUGUCCCUCUAAUACUCUGUGGAAGGAAUCUCUUAGCUGAUCUGAUUAUAGUACCUAUUCAGGGGUAUGAUUUGAUAUUGGGAAUGGAUUGGCUGACCGUGCAUCAGGCACAUAUUGACUGCCACCGGCGGGUGAUUCAGUUUGCAGAUGCGGCAGGGAAGUUUGAGUUUAUGGGAGACAGAGCACGGAAUCCUUUCCCGAUCAUAUCAGCAUUUCGAGCCAGCCGAAUGAUUCGGAAGGGAGAUGAGGCGUUUCUCGUGGUAGUGACAGCUACCCAGGAGGCGGAGAUGAGGUUGGAUGAGACGCUUGUAGUUCGUGAUUUUCCCAACGUCUUUCCGGAGGAAUUGCCAGGGUUACCACCGGAGAGAGAGGUGGACUUUUGCAUUGAUGUGAUUCCAGGUACGGAACCGGUAACCAUUAAGAAUCGGUAUCCACUGCCGAGGAUUGAUGAGUUACUUGAUCAGUUGCAGGGUGCACAGUGGUUCUCGAGGAUAGAUUUGCGCUCGGGAUAUCAUCAGAUUGGUGUGAAGGCCGGGGAUGUGCAGAAGACGGCUUUCCGUACACGCCAUGAGCAACACUUGCGUCUGGUAUUGCAGCGUUUGAGGGAGCAGAAGUUGUAUGCGAAGUUCAGCAAGUGUGCUUUCUGGUUGCAGGAAGUUGGAUUUCUGGGCCAUGUGAUUUCGGCUCAGGGCGUACAAGUGGAUCCGGCAAAGAUUGAGGCUGUGAUGGAGUGGAAGACGCCUACCAAUGCCACAGAGAUCCGCAGUUUCUUGGGAUUGGCAGGGUACUUCAGGAGAUUUGUCGAGGGUUUUGCCAAGUUGGCAAAACCAAUGACGAAGUUGACAGGGAAGAAUGUGCGGUUUGAUUGGACACCAGAGUGCGAAGUAAGCUUUCUAGAGCUCAAGAGACGACUCGCGACCGCACCUAUCUUGGCAUUACCACAGCCAGGUACACUUUAUGAGGUUUAUACCGAUGCGUCGAAGCAAGGCUUGGGUUGCGUAUUGAUGCAGGAAGGACAUGUGAUUGCAUACGCAUCCCGACAGCUGAGGAAACAUGAGGAGAAUUAUCCGACGCACGAUUUGGAGCUGGCAGCAGUGGUACAUGCGUUGAAGAUUUGGAGAUCCUAUCUAUAUGGAGAGAAGGUUAAGCUCAACACUGAUCACAAGAGCUUAACCUAUGUGAUAUCGCAGAAGGAUCUGAAUCUUCGACAGCGUAGAUGGAUUGAGUUGAUAGCUAAUUAUGACUUGGAGAUCGCAUAUCAUCCGGGCAAGGCGAAUGUAGUCGCAGAUGCCUUAAGUCGGAAGAAGAUUCUAUCAGCUAUUCAGAUACUCUCAUCUUCGCAAGAGAACAUAGUUGAGUUAUCAGCUAUGUUAGGACAUAUGGAAAUCGAGGAGGAUCAUGAUAUGAGUUUGAGGAGACGUGUGAUAGAGGGACAAAGUCAUGAUCCGGAUUUGCAGAAGAUUAUUGAGGAAAUUAGCAGAUAUGGUGAGAAGGGAUAUCAGAUGGAUGAGGAGCAUGCAUUGAGGCUCCAUCAGCGACUGCAGACCGUCCGUUCCGGCGGUCUUGGCCAGGUCACGCGACGCCUCUUCCUUUCUGCUUAG